CCCGCCUAUUGAGGAAUCGCAGCCCGAUAUCGUAUGCCGAUGCUAAAUGGAUACGCGCAGCGCCGUCCCUACAACCAAUUCGUUUACGGAAGCAUUACGCAGACCUAGCCGCAACUUUCCAAGGUCCACUUCUGGGUGUCUUACGUGUAGACAACGGAAGAAGAAAUGUGACGAACAACGACCAAUUUGUUCUGGUUGUUUGCGGAGCCAUGUGGCGUGUCGUUGGCCUGCUCCCUCUGCAUCCACGCGAUUGCUUACUCCACUGGCUACAGGGAUGCGCCUCAAAUCACAAGAACUCCGCCAAAGCUACAUCAAUACAGAAGCUGUCGCUAUCUGGAGCUUGUCACGUCUCACUUUCCUGAGCCCAGAGCGUCCAUGUUUUCUGACCAAGAUAUCUGGAACUUUGCUCGAGCACUACGUCACCCGGACGGGUUCUCAGCUCGUACCUUUCCCACCCUCGUGCAAUCCUUUUGUGCGAUUGCUCUUGCACACGGCAAUUUCCGACGAUCUGAUCAUGCAUAGCCUGCUCGCUCUUAGUGGAGUCCAUUUUUCAGGGUACGAUAACAUCGAAGAAGGGCUUGUGUUGCGUGCAACAUGGAGUCACUAUGCCGCCGUCGUUCGCAGCCUGCGGACGGAGCUUGCGUCUUUCGGGACCGGCCCUGAAGAUUCUAUGAAGACUUUACGCCUUCUUGUUGUUCUCAUUAUACUAUGUCACUAUGAGGUGAUAUCUGGCGAUACCCAAGGAAAGAUGUUUCAGCAUCUUCGUGCAAGCAGACAACUCAUCCUGUCAUUACGGGUUCACUCACGGAGUCUACCCACUGACUCUUGCCGUCAACUGUUUGGCCUUAUGUGUGAGCUAUACGCAUACCUUGUCCUUGCCAAUACCUUGACUCCAUAUGCUGCUAUUCAAGAACGCUCGAUAGUCUUUGAUUCGUUCAUCAUUCACCUUGAUGAGAUUGGCGAGUCUGCCUAUCGCGGCAUUAUGCUUGGAGGUUUACAUGGCCUGUUGGAACUCAUACCUUUGGUUUCAGUACUUGCUGCCAGUCGGUUGAGAGAAGAUGCUGUCGAAAGUGAUAGCGUCGCACAAGAUAGGGAUGGUGAGGCAAAGUCUCGACCUGUCUUGUUGGACACAUACAGGAUACUUAAAGCUCGGAUAGAUGGUUGGUCUUUGCCUCCCUUAUCAGAACAAGCAAGCGAUUUAAGCACCGUGGCACCCACGAAUUGCGCAGCAGCUAUCAGAAGUCGGUACAAAGAGCGCCGCAUUGCUGGAGACGUCUAUCGCCACGCCCUUUACAUUUACCUGUCUUCUUCGAUGGCUGGCCAGCUAUGUACAGAUCAAGACGUUCGUGCCUCGCUCCACACGCACGCAUGCGCCAUUCUGGAUCUUGCCACAAACCUCGCAGAGCUAUCAUUUGAUUACACCAUGCUCUGGCCUGUCAUCAUCUGUGGCUCAUGCUUGACAUUCAAGUCACACCAGGAUUUUCUGCUCGCAGCUCUCGACUUUUCUCGAUACCACAUGGGUCAUGUGAAGACAGCGUCGAAAUUGCUGAAGUUGCUGUGGGACGAUCCGGAUCCGAGGGCUUUUGGUCCUUAUGGAUUGUAUCUUGUCAUAGAAAAGUACAAGAUCGGCUUUUGUACGAUAUGAUAGAUAAAGCGUUCACUACCUGUGGGCAACGAACU